AAUCGAAAUGAGAGAAGCCAUCCCAUGAAAUCUUCUUGUAUUCAUAUGUUUUGAGGUAAUCUCUUUUGGGGACUUCAAUUGAUUGCUAUCACUUUCUCUAUUUUGUUCUCUUUUUUUUUCUUCUUUCUCUUCAUGUCUGCCCAUUAAACUAUGAAAAUGGCAGAUUCCCAAUCAUCUUCUCCACUCUGUAGGGAACACCCAUAAUUGCACCCAACUAUUCUUUUUCACUAUACAAAUCUCAGCUCUUGAGCUCUCUUCACUUCCCCUUCUCCUCUUCCUCCUCCCCUCUUCCCCACAUAUAUAUUUUACUUGUUCCAAUUUCCAUCACUCUCCAUCACCUUCUUCCAAUAUGAUGGGCAACCCUUCUUCCACCACCACUUCAGUCAAUGGCUUCUACACCAUCCUAACUCGAGGCCUCGAUGAUCUCGACCGCUCCUUCGCCUCCCACAACUUCAUGUCCAUUCAGUUCCUCCAACGCGUCCUCUCCUCCCUCAGAUCCUUCCACUCCCACCUCAACAUUUUGGUGCAGAAGCUCCACCUCCCUGUGGGGGAGAAGUGGUUGGAUGAGUACAUGGAUGAAAGCUCCAGGCUAUGGGAGGCCUGCCAUGUCCUUAAAUCUGGUAUUUCUGCUAUGGAAAAUUAUUAUUCUGCUGGUACCAAUAUCGUUUCCUCUCUGGAUGGAUACUACAGUCUGAAUCCUCAGAUUUCUCGCCAGGUUAUUAGGGCCAUCAUCGGUUGCAGAAGGGAGAUUGUAGGGUUGGAAGAAGAGAACAAGAACUUGAUGGAGACAAGAAUCCAAGCAUUAUCGCUGCGGUUCGAUGAGAACAUAUCAGUUGAAUCAAAAUUUAUUAAUGGGUUCAAUGGCUUUCGAGGAGUUCUUCAUGCAAUGAGGAAUGUAAGCUCAUUGCUUCUCAUGAUCCUGCUAGGUGGCCUCGUCUACUGCUGGCCUAAAUCAAGCUUUUGCCAAGGCGGACAUGAUGGGCAGGCGGUAUUCGGAUCAAGUUUCAUGGUCUCCACCUCCAGAUUGCAGCAAAGGGUGGCAGCUGAGCUAAACCGCAUUGAUGGGCAGCCUGGAAUUCUGCUGUAUGAGUUCAGGAAAGCCAAGGCUGCCACAGAGGAACUGAAGGUGAAGUUGGAGAGAGCAUUGGAGUAUGAAGGAGGAGGAGGUGAGAUCCAAGACAAGGUUGAGAGCUUGAAGAGUUGGUUUGGGGUGUUGAGAUGUGGGACUGAGAGUAUAGUUGGGCAGCUUGAUGAUUUCUUUGAUGAAAUAGUUGAAGGGAGAAAGAAGCUUUUGGACAUGUGCACUCAUAGGACUUUGUUUUGCAGCUGUAUGAGGAAGCUUUGAAAGGAGGUUUUAUUUGAAGGGAGAGAGAAUGUGAUUCUUGCUUUGAAGAAAAGCAAAACUUGCUAUGUAAAGAGAAGAAACCAGAAGAAUAGCAUUGAUACAAGUAGCUUCAUUGGAAAGCAAGAUUUUCCCAUCCAAAAAGGACAGAUUCUUUCUCCUCUGAAAAAGGAAAAGUUGUAUUUGAGAAAGAGGGAAUGAUGCUUCUUGUUUUUUACCUCAUAAAAUCCACAAAUUACAUAUCCAUUGUGAA